AACUUUCACGGUAGGUUGCGUUACGUUUUGUGAUCGUAUUACGUGUUAACUAGCGUCAAAUAUUGUGAUAUGUGUGUGCGUUUAUUUUAGCAACUGUUAUUGGAUUCACUUACGGUGCUCUACCUGAAAUCGUGGUUGUACUGACUACGUAAGACCAUGAAGCUGUUCUGGUGCUGUGUUGCUGCGAUAUUGGUAACAAUAGCCAGCGCUGCGGUCGACGUCGAAAAAACAGUGCAACAAGUCCAGAGCAUACUUAAAGCGAACGCUUUAUUACCUAGACUAACAAGAGAUGAAAUUAUAGAUCUACUAAAUGAUAUACGACAAGAAGAUGCAAAGAGUAAACCAGCAGCCAAGCAGAAAGCUGGUGGAACUCAAACUACAGCAAUAAAACAGAAGCCUAUCGAAGUUACAAAAUCAAUUGCUGAAUCAAAUGAAGGAGAUAAUGAAAUAAACAAAUUGACUAAAUUGUCAGAAGAAGUUGACGUCAAAGUUCAUGGCAAAAAUGGUUUUAAUAAAGUUGAAUCAACAACUAAAGCUAGUGGCGCUACUCUAACAGUUGUUUUACCCUACACACCUCGUGAUGGAUCAUCGCUACAAGAAUUAUAUACACGACCUCCUCGUCUCCAAAUUGUACCUGAAGAAGUUACACCAAAACCAACUAAGCCAUCAAAAUUGGGUACAAAGGUUGACCAAACUUUAAAAAAUCAUGGAAAAGUAGCCAAUAAACAAAAAUUUGAUUUUCCAAUGGAAUUGCAAGCAUUUUUAGAUGCACAUGGAUUAAAAGGCAAACCUGGUCAAGACAAUUUCCUACUUCCGCUUGACGGAUUCAAGCCUUUGCCACCAGCUAAAAUAGUAGAUGGGAAUGUACAACUUCCAGAAAACUUACUGCUCACUUAUGAUCUCAUAUCACCCUCAGACUUAACAACAUCAUCAACUAAGGAACAAAAAUAUGCACAGACUAAUUUUUUAUAUGAUCCUUUGCGUCCUGAAAUACCAUUUGAAUUAGACACUUCGUCAUCUGAAUCGAAACAUACUGUCCUCCCACUUGAUUUGCCAAAACCCAGAAAAACAAAAGCAAUUCCAGAACCACCGAAACCUAAUUAUGAGCCUAUUGAUUACGAUGCUAUCAAAGUUAUACCUUUACCGCAAGGUCCAAAUCCAGUGGAAGAUGAAGUUAAUUUGAGUUCUGAUCCGGAACAAAAUAAAAGACAAACAAAUGAAACAAGUGGUUCAGACAGCAUUACAACUGCCUCCGGCACUAACGUUAGCAUUACAAAUAGUGAAUCUUUAAAUACUGAUACUGACGCAAAAGACUCAGGAUCCAUCGAACCUGACGUAGUCGCUUCCGAUGCAGAUGCUGGAGCAUCCAUUGCCGAUCUCGAAGAUUCUUUCGGAGGAGCUGUACCCGCAGAGCCCGGAGAUUCAGAGCUCCCACCACCGCGGAAAAACGGUUUCUAUUGGAUGGUAGAUUGGAACAGUUUCUUGGAAGUAGGAGAUGGUGAUACGAAAGUCAAUAUUCGAUUUGAGCCCAAACUUGGUGAUCCUCAAAUGUUCUUACCAGUUAACGUACCGUGAUGUGUUUGAAGACAAUGAGUAGUGUUCUAGUCUUAUAGGGAUUCUGGUGUGUGUGGUUUUGUAGAUGAAAGACGAUACAAAACAUAUUUUAGUGGAUAAUAAAUUAAUUUGGGAUAGAAGAAAAAUAAUUGGGUCUUUUGACGACUACUAGAAUUUAGAAAGAUAGUGUUCGAAUAUAGCAUUUAAAAGAAGUCGACAAUAUAAAAGUUGUUUGCAAGAUAUGGAUCAUCUACCGGUCAAUGUAAUGCUGAUAACUAAUUAUUCCGAUUCGCUUUUGAGUAGAAGCCCCUUUGAAGCAAAGGUAGUAAAUAUCAACUACCGUACUAAACAGUGUCCGGGAUUAUUUGCAUUUCAUAAUAUAAAGCUGUCAGAGUGGAACUGACAGACAUGAUUAUGAGAUUGUACGGUCAAGUGUGACAAUAUUCAAGCGUGAAACGAUCAUUAGUCAAAAAACUUUCAUUACAUCAAGGCCGUUAGCCUUGCUUGUAAUGAUGGGCACAAUAUAAGCGUUACAUUUUCAAAUGAAAUGCAUAGGAAUGCAAUCAGGCAGGUCGUGUCUACUAGACCGAAGCGGGAAUGAAAGCAAAAGGAGCGAAAUCGUCGCGUGUGACGUUUCAGUUUACACUGACUUUUUAUAUUGCC